AUGGGUGAAAUUGAUCAAGAGUUGCAAGAAUUGAAUGCCCAGAUUCAUGAAAACCCGGAGCUAUGUUACAGAGAAGUGAAGGCUCAUCAAAACAUCGUCUCUUUUUUCAUGAAGCAUAAAGUCUCUGUCACACCACAUGCGUUCGGAAUGGACACGUCGUUUCUUGCCGAGUAUGGAAAAGGCGGGCGCGUUGUAACCUUCUGCGCCGAGUAUGACGCCUUGCCCGACAUUGGCCACGCCUGUGGGCACAAUUUAAUUGCUACUUCCUCCAUCGCGGCUUUUUUUGGCGUUCGGGCCGCUUUAGCAGCGACCAAGCUUCCAGGAAGAGUACGCCUUCUUGGGUGUCCUGCAGAAGAGGGGGGCGGAGGAAAGAUCAGGCUGAUUGAAGCUGGUGCCUUCACUGAUGUUGAUGCCGCAAUAAUGAUGCAUCCAUGUCCCAGAGGAAUAGAUGCAAAAGACGGAAUAUCAUUUGGAUCUUGUCUUGCCGCAACCCGUUACAAAGCGGUUUUUUCGGGCCUAUCAGCUCAUGCGGGGGCUUUUCCUUGGAUGGGAAUCAAUGCCCUUGAUGCAGCUGCCCUCUCAUACUCGGCCCUCAGCAUGUUGAGACAGCAUAUUCGACCCACCGAUCGUCUUAAUGUCAUUAUCGAAGAGGGUGGUCAGAGUACUAAUGUUAUCGUGGAUCGGGCAGUGGUAGCCCUUGGUGUACGAUCUGCGACGAAGCAAGAACUGUUACACUUAGCAAGCAGAGCGAGGCAAUGUUUUGAAGGUGCCGCUCUGGCUACGCAAUGCACAGUAGAGUAUGUUGAUGAAAUGAAACCUUAUGACGACCUUAGAUCGAACAAAGCUCUCUGCAUUGCUUUCUCCGAAUAUAUGGAAAGCAUUGGCCGGAGUUUUGCCUGUGAUCUUCAAUACCAGUUCGUGGGUGGUUACAGCACCGAUAUGGGCAACGUGAGCUAUGAUGUCCCUUCCUUCCAUGGAAACUUUCAUAUUCCAACCAAAUCCGGUCAAAACAUUCAUUCGGCUGGUUUUACCGACGCAGCUCAAUCUAUUGAAGCCUAUAAGAUGGCAAUAGAAGUAGCAAGAGGAAUGGCUGCUAUUGGCUUCAAGCUUCUCCAAGAUGAAGCUUUUGCAAACGAUGUAUGGAAAUCAUUUGAGUCUGACGUUCCCAGAUAG